AUGAUGGUACGCUUAGAUAGUUUCCAUCUACAGCAGCGCCUGAAUCGAGAAGUCGUUCUGCAACAUGUUCUCUGCAAUAAGUUCAAGAACGACCUGCAAAAGGCCAUAUUCAUCGAGAAUUCCAGCGACUGUCAUGCUUUGAUGAGCGCACGUGCUGCUUUGGGGAUCUUGGGACCACCUACCAAGCACGAGCGCACUAAGUAUAUCUUUCGACGGAUACCUCCUCCGAAGGAGCUCAGAGAGCGCAUAACCACGGUGGUGGAGGUCUAUGCUGAACGUGAUGCAGCUGCUUUGCAAGAGUGGGAAGCAUAUGAUGAUAGACGUAAGCUAGCUGAGGCGGGAGCUGGCGGAUGGCAGUUGGAGAAUCCUCCACCUGGGACCAGAUUCGCUCCCCUAUUGACGAGUCGUUUCUACUCUGUUUUGGAAACGCAGUGGAGACACAUGGACAGAGGAUGUCUCUCAGAUUGUCUAGAGCAGAGUCACGCUAUGAAGACGGGAGAGGCUGCUUACAGAGGAUCGAGCACUCUGAAGUUGAACACCCAUCGCUGCGCUCGUGGGAGCUCCGGUUGCGAAAAUUUUCAUUCCCAGAUGGCGAAGGCGUAUGCAUCUUCGAGCCGUGUUAGCUGUUACUUGUACAACCUAAGACUACUCUGGUUGCUGCAUCGACAUAAUCGUCGAGCCUGCAUGAGGCUUGGUUUGAAGGUGCCUAAUGAAUCCCUUACUCCCCGAUCAGUGGAGGCUCUCGGUUCGAAGGUUGUUCAAGAGUGCUACGAGGACUUCCGUCUCGCUUCGGUGGACUACGAACUACCGAAGCUUGGAUAUGAGUAUUGCUUAUCGCUCGAUGAUCUUCCAGUAGACUUGCAAGAGGUCCAGAAGAAUAGACCUGAGGGCGUGGCGGGCUUUCUCGAGAUGCUCGAUUAG